GUGGCAAUGGUAGGCGCCAUGUGGUGCUCAGGCCUCUCCUAAACCGAUUGUCUUUCUCUGUGAACAUGGGUGGUGCUCUAAGCAACUUCUUUCAGUCAGGCAGUGCCCUGCUGUCAGCUGGCAAUCACCGAGGGGUUUCUGAACACACUCGAGAAAAAGUUCAGAUAAUUUUUGAUGCACUUCGUGCUAAUCCUAGAGUUUCUGUUCAACGACUGGAGGGUUUGCUCUCUCAGAUACCAAAGGCAAGUUCUUUGUCCAUAAAGAAGACCCAGAUAUUCUACAAAUCUUGUGAUGACUACACAAAAAUGCCAUGCCUUGCCACUGUUAAAUUGACCAAUAGUAAUGAGAAUAUAUUGCUAGUUCACAAUGAAGAAGGAUACAAUCUUCUGCAAAAGUGUGUUGGAAUUAAUAAUGUAGAUAUGGUGCGAUGGAUUCUUUCAAGGAAUACUGAUGUGAAUCGAGGAGCGUGUUCCCUUCCUCUGCAUAUUGCUUGUCUGAAAGGGUAUGAAGAUUGUGUAGAAAUUUUGCUAAAACAUGGAGCUCGUAUCGAUGUUGAAGCUCGUAUGUGUUGGCCUGGUCCUCAUAAUCAAAAUUGUGAAGAACGAAGCAAAUAUUGCCUGCCAGAUGAAGGGGUUGCAGAUCGGUCCAGCGAUAAAUUACAAAGUUCUAUUUUCUAUGCUAUUGAUGGAGACCAGGUAGAUAUUCUUGAAUUGCUUACACAGCAAGGAGAAGACAAUUGGCUGCCCUGGCAGCAAAAGAGGCCUCUUCUUCAUAUUGCAUGUGAGCGUGGAGCAUGGCAUUGUGUGAAAUAUCUUGUUUCUGAAAGAUCUGAUGAAGUUAAUCAGUGUUAUGAUGAGUACUAUCCAAUUCACCAAGCAGCAUUGCAUCAUAUAAAAUUUCUGGAAUUAUUGAUAAGUUGUGGAGCAGAAACAAAAGUACGCACUGCUACACAGCAGAUGACAGUCUUGCAUGUGGUAUUCCUAAUAGGUCGCAAAUCAGCUGAAGACACUUUGCAGACAUGUAAACUGUUGCUCGACCAUGGUUUGCGAGAAUUGAUUAAUGAACCAGAUUCGCUUGGCAAUACCCCUCUCCAUGGUCUCAUAGUGCGCUAUGCCUUGGAAGAAGCCCGUUAUGGAUAUGAUCAUGACAACCAGCCCUGGAACAAGUGGGAUGUGUUGCAUUUGGUACGCUUCCUUUUGCAACAUGGAGCUCAACCAUCCAUCAAUCAACCUGGAAAUAGUGCAUUGGCGUGUGUGUUGCGUCAUGUGAGAGACUGGGAAUUUCGAUAUGAACUUCUCAAUAUGCUGCUUCAAAAUGGUGGCAAUCCCAAUGUAGUUGGUCGUGAUGGCUCGGUACCUUUGAUGGUUUGCCUUGUUCCUCUUAUCAACAAAGACCCCCUUCAUCACUUCACUCACAAUAUGAAGGUGUGUUAUUUGAAUUGUGUGCGGAUACUUUGUAAACAUGGAGCCAAUGCAAACUGUUCAUCACGCAGCAAUCUCACGCCUUUACAUGUGCUGGUAUUCACAGCUAGUGAAAACAUUGCAUUAAAUCGUGAAGAGGAGAAAGCUACCAACUUUGAAUUUAUUCGUAAUUUGCUUGUGAUACUACUGCAGUAUGGUUUGGAUCCCAACGGGCGUUUCUCCCAAAGAAUGCAACACAUUCUGCAGUCCCUGAUAGAUAUGGUUCAAAAUGCACGUGUACCUUCUGAUCUAAAUUAUGUUUAUGAUUUGUCUCUGACACUCAUUCAAUAUGGGGCCAAUCCCAACAUAAACACCACCACAUCUGAAUCCAUGACCAUCUGCCACUCUCAGUCAUCAGUCUUUCUGAAGAAAUCAUCGCUUCAAGUUCUUUAUUAUUAUGUUCUUUUAAUUUGUCGCAAAGAGGAUUUUCUUCUUGAUCAACAGCAUCAUUUUGCCAGAAUUAUCUGGUUGUACUAUUUGUGUAUGAAUCACCGAGAACUGUUUGCCUGCCUGAAGGUGAUGUACACACAGCAGACAGGACUGGUACCUGUGCGAGGGAGUGCGCUUUGUAAUUUGGUGAGAGAACUGUACAGUAAACCAAGGACGCUAAAGCAAAUUUGCAGGGUUGCCAUAUACAAUGCUUUGGGACGUCGACCAGGCAUACAUGUAAACAAAUUACCCUUACCUGUUUCACUGAAAGACUAUAUUCUUAAUUUUGAACCUUGAAUGUUGUUAAAAUGUAUGGUUUUUAUCAUGUGUUUGCGUCCAAUUGCCUUCCUUCUCUAUUUUCCUGUGGCUGCUACAUUUGGUCUCUCUGUGGUGAAUCUUGUGCCACUCUGUUGAGAGACUUGAAAUUUAAUGAAAGAUCUGAUAUGUAAAAAGGUGUUAUAGAAUUAUACAAGUGUAUGAAAGGGUAAAAUACCUACAAACCUCAAAGCCCAUGUGUGGUGCAUUUUAGUACUCGUAGUAUUUGAAAGUAUGUUUCUGUAAAUAUAUUUUUUGAUUAUAUAGAAUUCAAGAUUCUUAUAAUGUCACACCUUCCUAUAGUAUUUUGAGAGAUCAGACGUCCAGAAUUUCUGUUUAAAAAGAGGGUAUUACAUCUUUGUGAAUAUAUGUUCUGACAAUGUGUAACUGGUGACUGUUAGGUCACUCUUUGUUGUUGCUCUUAAAUAUAAAAUUUGACAGUACAUUACUUAUUAUUAAAAUUAACUGCACUAAAAUGUUCUUAUUUUACAUUGUUAACAUGGCUAAGAAAGCCGAGAAUGUCCAACAUACAAGGUUUCACCAAAUAUUUCAAUGAGAAAUUGCAUCUUAUAAUGUUGCUAUGAAAAAUAUAUUCUUUGCUACGAAUGAAAAUCAUAGUAUAUGAUAAGAACUUUUAGUAGAGUUAAUUUUAAGCCCUUUUAUGCCAUGUGGCACCUUCCCUUAUUGUGAUGGGUGUGUACAGCUGCUUGUUGUUAGGAUAAAUGGCAGUGAAUCGUGAUAUUUCAAAAACAGGAGUUUGUUGAAGUCAAUUAACCUAUGAGGACUAGAGUCCAAGGUGAAGUGAGUAGAUGGAUGUAAAUGGGCAUGAAGUGCAGUUCAUACACUUGCUCAUCUGAUUCAUGUUCAUUUUCCUUCACUUGAUGAGUAAAGCUUUAGAAAGAAUUGGAAAAUAUUAAGUGAAAUGACACUCUCAAAGUGUGCACAUUGUUAAUGACAGCAGUUGUGCUGAAUCACCGAAAGUACAAUAUUAUAUUUUUUUAACUUUAUCUCUACCUAAUUUCAGGUUGAAAUAACUCAUAUGAAAAGAUGUUUGUACAACUAUUAUUGUUUAAAGGGCAAGUUUUAGAUUCUUGGAGAAUUCUAUUUCAGCAACUACUGUGCAAGUAGAAUGCAAACAAAAAUAGAUUUUAUAAACACAUAAAAAAUAAAUUUUGAGGAAAAAAAUUAGAAAAAAUAUUACAUUGAUAAUGCAUGAAAAUUUGGUCAAUGAGAUUGAAUCUCAAACUAUUGGCAAGUUCUGCUCAUUUCCAACUUUUUGUGUCAUCACUCUGAUAAUGUUGAUGUUCAUCAGAGGUGCCCAAACAUAAUGUGAUGAUCUGGUGCUAGACCUUGCUAGCGAGUGCCAAUUUGAUGAGUGUGAGGUCUGGGUGUCUCUCAGUUGUAUAGUGAUCUUUGAUCUGUUCAUAUAAUUUCCACUCUUUGCUGUGCAAAUCAUGUGCCAUAGCAAUACUUUGACUGUUGUGUGACAUGAGCUAAAGUUCAUUGCAACAUUAUGUUUGUAAUACCAUUUUAAAUCGUAUAUUGCUCAUUUCUUCAUCUUAAUGAUUUAUUUUUGCAUUAUAGUUUUGAGGGAUAUUGUUGUCAAAUUAUAUCAUGGUUUCAUUGUGCAGAUUGUAAUAACUGCAGGAUGUAUUUUGUUUUGAAAGAAAUUUUCAUUGUCAUUAAUUCCUGAUGGUUUAUUUGCAAGUGUAGUGAAGACAGAUGUAUAUUGAGGAGUGUGCAUGCCACUUCAAUUGUGGCAUGUGAUAAUGUGCACUUAAUCCUUGUAAUAGUGAUGUGCACUGAUGAACAUGAUAUUUUUCUGACUCCUGCCUUUUUUUUGUAUCAAAUUUCACAAGUUUCCUGUAUUAUUUUGUUGUUCUAUUGUUGGUUCCUAGAGUAAUAUGUGUUAUAAAAUAUUGCAAAUAAAAUGAGAUCUUAUUGAUCCUCCUUUGUGCUAGAGGGUUGAAUUGUACAGAUAUAAUGGUCUGCAAAUUGAACUGUAUUAGGAGUUUUGCAGAAAAUUAUCGAGGUUUCAAAACAGUGGAAAUAAUAUUUGAAAAAUUUCUAGUUUUGAUUAUGUAAUGUAAAUUUUUAUAUUAUGUUAGAAUGUUCAGACAUUGUUACAUAUAGAUGUUUAUUUCUAGUUACCAAUUCCCUGAAGAAUAAAAUGGCUG